UAUUAAAAGAUUAUAUAUAUAAUAGUUUUAAUUAUUUAAUCUAUUGUUAAUUAUAGCCAUGUUUUCUAAGGUUCAGAUAUUGCUUCUCUUACUAUCCAUAACCAUAACAGCAGCAGCAGCAGCUUCAUCCCAAGAUGAUCAUGGUAAUCUCAGUUUCGCCUUCAAUAAUGGAUUCAAAUCAAGUGACCUGGACCUCGACGGCGUUGCUGACAUAACCUCCAAUGGCCUCCUGCGGCUCACAAACAACACAGUACAGAAAACGGGUCACGCUUUCUUUCCCAAUCCAGUCACCUUCAAAGCCACCCCAAACGGCAACGUUUCUUCCUUCUCCACCACAUUCGUCUUUGCCAUCAGAUCGGAGCUCGCCGCUCUGAGCGGCCACGGCAUGGUUUUCGUGAUAGCUCCUGAGAGAGGUCUCCCCGGAGCUCGUGAGAGCAACUACCUUGGCCUUUUUAACGAGUCCACCAUUAAAGACAACGACGCCGCGCACCAAGUUGUUGCAGUCGAGUUCGAUACCAUCUACAACGGAGACGUCGGAGAUGUCAACAACAACCACGUGGGCAUUAAUUUUAAUAAUUUAACAUCUGUUAAAUCUGAACCGGCGGGGUAUUUCGACGGAAAAAAUGGCCGGUUUACAAACUUAACUCUUAUGAGUGGCAAACCGAUGAAAGCAUGGGUCGAAUACGACGCUGUGAAGAAGGAGAUGAACGUGACUUUAGCUCCGGCUGGAGCUGUUAAGCCCCAGAAACCGCUUUUGUCUUUGCUUAAAGAUCUUUCACCGAUCAUAAAGGAGACCAUGUAUGUUGGUUUUUCUUCCUCAACGGGCUCUUUUAUAACUAAUCACUAUGUUCUCGGUUGGAGCUUUAAGAUUAAUGGCAAAGCUCAAGAGCUUGAAUUCUUUCAACUCCCGAGUCUACCUCCGGUCGGACCCAAACAAAAAUCCAAGUUUUUAACAAUUGGGUUACCGGUGAUUUGUUUGAGCUUGGUGGCUCUAGUCAUAUUGACUUUAGUUCAUUUAAUCAGAAGAAAGAGAAAAUUUGCAGACAUAGUUGAAGAUUGGGAGCUCGAGUAUGGACCCCACAGGUAUAAAUUCAAAGAUUUGUAUUUAGCGACGAAGGGUUUCAAGGACAAAGAUUUAUUAGGUACCGGAGGAUUUGGUAGAGUCUAUAAAGGAGUGUUACCCACCAACAUAGAGAUCGCUGUCAAAAGAGUCUCGCAGGAAUCAAGACAGGGUAUGAGAGAAUUCGUGGCUGAAAUCGCUAGUCUCGGCCGGCUCCGGCACCGGAACGUUGUACCCCUUUUGGGUUAUUGUCGCCGAAAAGGUGAGCUUCUUUUAGUCUACGAUUACAUGCCCAAUGGCAGCCUAGACAAGUAUCUAUACGACAACCCAAAAACGACACUAAAUUGGAACCAAAGAUUUCGUAUCAUAAAGGGAGUUGCUUCAGGUCUAUGCUACCUUCACCACGAAUGGGAACAAGUCGUCAUCCACCGGGAUGUGAAAGCCAGUAACGUACUACUUGACGGUGAGUUGAACGGCAGGUUAGGAGACUUCGGUUUAUCUAGAUUGUACGACCAUGAAAGCGAUCCAAAAACAACCCAAGUCGUUGGGACACUCGGGUACCUCGCCCCGGAGCAUGCCCGAACUGGAAAGGCGACGGCGAGAUCCGAUGUCUUCUCAUUCGGAGCUUUCCUGCUGGAAGUGGCAUGCGGACGACGACCCAUCACAGGGAGAGGAAUGGCAACUGAGGAGGAGCUGGUUUUGGUGGAUUGGGUUUUCUCUUGUUGGAGAAGAGGAAGGAUUACCGAGGCUAUGGAUUCAAAUUUGAUAAAAUCAGAUUCUUUCACAGCAGAGGAGGAAGUAGAGUUGGUAUUGAAUCUUGGGUUGUUGUGUUCACAUUCGGAACCGAAGUUGAGACCGAGUAUGAAGCAAGUGGUGUCGUUUUUGGAGAGAGAUGUGCCGUUACCAGACCUGUCAACUAUGGGGCUUACGGCGGCGGGGUUGACAUUCGCGAAUAGAGAAGGGUUUGAUGAUUUUGCAGCAUCGUUUCUGUCAUCUUCGGCUGAGUACUCAGAAUUAGUACACCAAAAAUUGCAAUUAGUAACAUUUUAAUUAAUGACAUUUGUUAAAAAAUGUCACAAUAAUAGUAUUUUAGUGAUAUUUGGCAAAAAUGUCACUUUAUUAAGAAUAUAUGAUAUUUUAAUUAGUGGCACUAUUUAUAUGAUUUGGUGACA